AUAAGCCAGUCACAGAAAAAGGAGCGACGUUGUUUCUGAAAAUCUUUUUUGUGUUACUGCCCUACAUAGGUCAGUCCAAAGAACAUUUCACAGACAAGAAAGACAACAGUUUAAACUCUUCAGGACAACAUGAAGCUCACGGUUAAUUGCUGGUUCUGGUUUGGAACCUUUCUGAUCCCACUGAUGUGCUUGAUCUUAAGAUCACAAGCUGGAGUGGUGGAAGACUUCUCCCGUGUGGAGCGCUGUAAGGAUUUUCUGUAUAUGGGCACUCCACCACGAGGUUACCUCAGUACUUCUCUAAAAAAGAUCUGCCAGCGGUUUGUGGACGAGCCUCGCUUCAUCACCCUCUACAACCCCCAGAAACACAUCCCCAUCUAUUCAGCAUACAUCUUCAAGAAAUCAGAUGGGGAGAAGCGGGUAGACAUUCCCUGGAUGUUUGAACCACAGCUGGCAACUGAUAAAGGAAGCAGUAACAUGGAACCCUUCCCCCAGUCCUCUUUAAUGCACAAAAACUUUGAAGACACACAGGCUGUGUUAGAAGACUACGCCGAUGUGGUCCAAUAUGAACGUGGCCAACUGAACCCAGAUGAGCAUCAGGCAGACCCGCAGGACAAGGCCGCCACCUACACCUUGACUAAUGUGGUUCCCCUGAUUAGGGAGUUCAGUUUUGGUCCCUGGAGCACACAGGUAGAGGUUACCCGCAAACGCCUCAACAACUAUUGCCACGGAAAGGCUUAUCUCAUCACUGGGGUCACAACAUCAGGUAAUAUGAUUCGACGUGAUAACCAAGAUCGUGUCGCCAUCCCAGAGUUUGUGUGGACGGCCUAUUGCUGCACGGAUUACGAUCACAACGCUCCCUACUCAGAGCGGUAUAAGUUUCCGGCGUUUGGUGCCUAUGGUCUCAAUGAUCGUGUGAACAACCACAUAGUGGAGGUUCCCAUCAAGAAUCUGGAGAAGUUCCUCAAGGGCAAAAUGGAGGUGGACAAGAACUUCCAAAUCUUUUACAAUGACUGUGUGUCAGACUUGUAAGGAUUCAUUGAAUGAAGGCCUUCAGCCCCAAGUUAAAUCAUUAUUAUUUCAAGAUAUUAUUAAUUAUAACUAUAUACAUUAGAAAAUAUAUAUGAUAAUGAUAACCUUAUCUAUUCCUUGGGGACAAAGUAGUUCAAACUGAUUUUUUGAGAGUAAAAAUAUCUAUGUGCUAAACAUUUAAGCAAGGCAACGGAGCCUCAUUUAAUGUUUUGAUCUUUUCCUUUAGAAGUUGUAUGUUAUUAUGUUUUAUAACAUCUAUAGCAUACCUGUUAAACUAAGGCACAUAUUGGAUAAAUUAAUAAGAAUAAAUUACUAUAACUGUAAACAAAACAGUGUGACACACAUCAGGAUGCUGUUAUAAGAGUCUCGGCAUGUGAGAAGAAAUAUUAAAAUAAAAUGUAGUGUCUACUGUUCA